AGUAAGACUGUGAAUUUCUGCAGAAAUUCGCGUAGAAAUUGGCAAAUCGAAAUUACGGAAAUGAGGGAAAUGAAGUGGGGAGUGAAUUUGAGGAGAUAAUGAUUAAGCAAUUAUUGGGCCUUGUAUUCUUUAUGUUAGAAAGCUAACAUAUGAAAAAUGCUAUUAGUUGUCUUGAGGAAUUACAAGUUUACAUAUGUGGCGUACAAAUGUCGACAUCCAAGAUACAGUCGCUACAAUUUUUUUAAUCGCAAUAGUGUCUGUAAAAAUGUGGGGAAACAACAUCUUGAUCCAGUUUCAGUUUAAAAUCGGGGAAUUGGGAUUCUAUGUUAAGUAACAAUGAUAACACUGUCAUUUCGAGUGUAAGUUUGCCGACUGAUUCCUUUAUAAUGUUAUGUGCUAUUUGCAUUUGAUGGAUCUUAAAUUUUGCUCGUUUAUGAAUUCUGCAAGGAUAGAGUGGUUGAGUUGUUUCGAGAAUUUAGAAGAGCAUGCAAUCCAAAACGUCUAAGAGUGCCAACCAAGAAGAAUCGGAUCUUUAUAAUGUUGCAAACUCAACUGCGUAUUCUGAUUCUUGGUGGAAUAAUAAUACCGGAUAUAAUUCAUUUUCCGCGUCAGCGAUGAGGGGAAAUGCAUCAGAUUCAUCAGAGUCACAGUCUGAAGGUGGUGUAAACGAGGAAGAUGACGACACUGCAAAAAGAUCACCAAGUAGUGCACAUUUGCAGCAUGAUAGAAUCUAUAGGCAAGAGGAACAGAAUCUCGGGCAAGUUCCACCUACCUUGCAUCCAAGAGACGAUGGGAGCCUUACUCGGGCCCCACACCUUGAGCUCGUUGGACACUCGGCUGCUUUUGGCACAUACCCUUAUGAUCCGUCUUAUGGAGUCGUGAUGGCAGCUGGCCAGCACUUGGUUCCUCCACAUGUAUACGAUAUGCAUCAUUCGAGAAUGCAACUGCCAUUAGAUAUGGCACAAGAGCCAGUAUAUGUGAAUGCCAAGCAGUAUCAUGGUAUUCUUCGCAGGAGAGAGUCACGUGCUAAAGCAGAGCUCGAAAAGAAGUUAAUAAAAGCUCGAAAGCCAUAUCUACACGAGUCCAGACACCAACAUGCCUUGAGGAGGGCAAGGAGCACAGGGGGGCGUUUUGCAAAGAAACCGGAUGGAGAUACUUCUAAAGUUACAGGUGGUGGCAUGGUUGGUUCGUCACAGUCGAUUACCUCAUCUCGUUCCGAACCCCUUCUCUCUGAGUCUGGAGGACAAGUGCAAAACGAUUUGCAUGUUGGGAAAGGGGAUGGUUUGUGAGUUUUGAUGAAGGGCACAAAAUGGUGGUGGUUACUUAUUCGAAUCUCGGCUUUUCUUAGCUGGGCGGCAAUUCAUUCUUGGCUCUUUUUCUCUCUUCUUUUUUUUAGUUGUUACUGUUCAGUAGUAUUUAUUUUCCCCCUUUUGUACAAAGAUGUCAUUUAACAUUAGAAACGAAGUUUGUAAACGCAAGUUUAUUGCUAGAUAACGUUGUAAAUUUCUGCUAGUAACAUGUUUUUUUUACUGCCUGCA